CCAAUCGGUGCGACGCUCAAGACUCUCCGGGACCGUUUUUUUUCGAUCAAAAGAGCUGGUAACUCUCUUCCAUCGGCCAGUCAGCGACAGCGCCAGCAAACGCGCACCGAAAACAACAUCGCAGCAAAACUUAAUUUUUUUGUUUCAUCAAAGUUUUCCGAAUUAGAAGAAAAAAAAAACAACAAAACUUUGACUGACAUAUUUUUCUGAUCAUCAUGGACAGUGAGCUUAAGUGUUUUUGGAUGGCUUUUGCCUUCGCCUGUAUCUUAG